AUGGAUCGAAGCCUGCUUCUGAUUUCGUGUGUGAUUUUAUCUAUUGAACAUUCUCUGGGGAAAUCAGUCUCCGUGGAUUUAAAUUUAGCCCCUGAAUGGAAAGCUGAGAUAACAAAGAGAGCAUCGGACUACGGUAAUACUAAGUUUUAUUUGGAUUGCUUUCGGGGUUAGAAACAACAAAGAAAGAUCGAAUUUUAAUUCGAUCUUUCUAACCUUGUCAUGAAACCUUUUUGACGAGCUUUUAUUUGAUCGAUAAGCUUAGAUCUAUGAGUGAUGCGUGAACGGGGAACCCUCAAUUUAUUUUUAAUCUUACUUGUAAAAUCUUAUUAUCGAACAGUGCAAUCGUUGUACGUUGAAAUGUAACGAAUGACAAGAUAAUUUCGCUCGUAUCGGUUUCAAAUGAAUAUGUUUGAAUUCUCAUUAUGAUUCUGAUGGUUUGGUGUCCAUUUAACAUCUAAUUCACCUGACAAUGUUUUGUGAGGAUUUUCUGUUUUCCCGGUGGGGUGCCAAUUUGAAACUCAGCGGGUAGUAUUUUUUUUAGUUACCAUGUUCACUGCUUUUUUUAAUCUUAACAUCUAAGAAACAAAACAAAACAAACGGAAACGAAGAAUGACAGUAGUCGCCUGCGUGCCGUCUUUCUUAGCUUCUGUUCGUUUGUUCUUAGCAUCAGGGUAGAGUUAUAUUACUUUGAAUCACCAUUAUAAACAUAGCUGAAGUUUCCCCCUUCCUGUCAAGUUUGGUAGAGUUCACUUCACCAGCUGUUUAAUUGAUUUCUCUCCACUAGUUAAUCAAAUAAUGACCAGAAGAUAAAAUACGUCAAUGAAUUGUCCAUAUUGAUAUCAGGUCUGUCACUAAAGGCCACAGAGCCCAGGGAUUUCCCCUUUUUCUUUCAUAGUUCUGUUUCUGCAGUCUUUUGGCAUGUUUUUGAUUACUGACAAGAUUAUUUUGUCAUUACAGUCACAGAAUGGAAUUUCAUAGUCUUAUCUUCAUGUAAGGCAGCUUUCACACCUGGUGCCCAGGCAAAGUGCCCAAGUAUGCUACUUGCUGGGCACUAAUGUGAACACAACCUUUUAAUUUUGGAAGUACUCAUGCUAGAAUUCAGGCACAGUGCCGGUACCCAGUAGUACGCAGGCACAAAAGUGGGCACCAGGUCCCUGUGUGCACACCGUUUUUCUCAGUUCUGGGAUAGUCCACUGCUUUCUACUAGUUGCUAAGCUCAUGUUUCAGAAUGGCAUCUGACAGGGUGAACUGGAGUAACUAACGUACACAGUUACAUAUCAGGCACCUUGGGGGUUAACACGACACUAUUUUUUGCGCCAAUACCUGGGCACCAUGUGGACAUCCACUUAGGCAGGGUUCACACUUGGUAUGUACCUGGGCACAAUACGGUACUCGCUGGGCACUAAUGUGAACAGACCCUUUUUUCAAGUAGCCGAGCUAAAAUUUGGGUGUGUACAAGGUCUUGACCUUGUACACGGGUACAAAAGUGGGCACUGGGUCCCUUUGUGCACACAAUAUUUGUAAGUUCUGGGCAGUCCACUGCUUUGUUCUUGCUGCUAAGCUCUUGUUUCAAAAUGGCGUCUAACAGGGCGAAAUGGAGUCACUAUGUACACUGUCAUAUAUCGGGUACUCAAACUGUGAACACAACCCUAUUUUGUGCUGGUAAUCAGGCACUGGUUCCUGGGCACCGUGUGGACAAUCCCUUUAAAUUCUUGUUAAGUUCUGAGCCCCGCCCAUGUUAUAAUUUGGGGACUGGGAUGAUUUGUGUUGAUCAGAAGUGGGGGGAGAUUGGUUGAUAUUGUGGGGAGUACUACAAAAGAGGCAGUCUCCAGAUUUUAGAUCUUUCUCUAGAGAUUUGAGUAUCUGAUGAGAUGCUUGGCCGAAAUAGAAACUGUGUUGUUUGAAAAGGAGUCCUGUGGUAGUAUUGAUAAAAGAGAGUUCCAACCCUAACAAAAAGUGUGAAAUGUCAUGAAGAGAAUCAAGGAAGAGGUGUGAACAAGCAUUCUCAAUUUGGUGAGGGAAAUCACUCAGAGAAUAAGGUCAAACAAGUUUGGAUUUAACAGGGAACUGUGUGUCUCUAGUUGGCAUUCUUGGCAUUUUCUUGGUAAUAAAAUUAUCCUUUUGUUGCUUUUGACAGUGCAGCACAUUAUUCUUCCAUUUGUUGCAAAAGAACUCAAUGACUUGAGUGUACCAAAUAUCGAUGGAAACAUCAAGACCCCACUGGGGGAUGUACAGUAUGAUCUCUCCAAGUAAGUCUAUAUCCUUGUUUUUAUGAAUGGAAAAGACUGAGGAGAAGAGGACAGAUUGCAUGAAUGCAUCCUUUGAAAAACCUUACAUCUUUCAAGUGUUCCAUUGAAGAAGUGGAAUGCACUAAGGACACAUUUGGAGAAGGCAUUGGGAUUUACUAGCAAGACUUAGUCCUUUCGGGAUGUGGAGCCAAAGAGGAGGAUUAUACACAUUUAAACAAAAGUCUUUACGGUAAUGUAAAUCUUUUUUUUCAGGAUCAAGUUAUCAAAUGUGGUGAUUCAGAAGUCCAAUAUGUCUUUGAUACCAGAGCACGGCUUAAAGCUUCUGGCUGAUCAUGCCUCAGGGAAUGUUGAAGCUGCCUGGCACUAUAAGGAGAGUGCAUGGUAAGCAAGGACGAGCAAUAUGGCUGAGUGGUCAGUAUGUGGGACUCGCACCCUGGAGGUUUUGGGUUUGGGUCCAGUCUAACCACUGCCUGCAUUUGUUUUUAGUCAAGUUCCAAGUCCACUUCCUCCGCUGCAUGAUUGUAAGUUGCUAACAGGUUACCCCCUGCAAGUUGUGGCUUUCAGUUCUACAAAUUUACAUAGUAAUAAAGUAAUAAUAAUUAUUACUUAUUAUUAUUACUUUGUUUUAAUAUUCAACUGGAGUGUCUAGAAACUGGCCAGAGCAGCUGAGCGCAUCCCCUUCUUCUAUAAAUAAAGGAUGAAUAAUGUAUUUUGAUCGCCAGACAACAGCUGCCUUGAGUAAAAUUCUACACGAUUUCAUAGGCAGCUAUGCUGAGGAAAAAAAGAAACUCCUUGGGGUCAUUUGGGAAGAACCUCAUUCAGUAUAAACAGUCCAUGUGUUUAACGUUGUUUCUUUUCCUGUCUAGGCCGCAUAUUUCUGAUUCAGGAACAUGUGUGCUGUCAGUCAAAGAUCUUUCACUGGGAAUGGCUUUUUAUGUUGACGGUUAGUAAGUUAUAAUAUACCCAACUCGAGGCUGAGUCGCCAUGUGAUGCAAAGAUAUUACCACAGGCAUCAGGGAUCAUUUAUUUUUUUAUACGUUUUGUGGGAAACUGCCCACCUACCCCUCCCCUAAGCCAACAUUUUGCCCUAACUGAGAAGUAAGUAUUAAUGUUGGCUUAGGGGAGGGGUAGGUGUGAAAUUUCCCAGAAAUGUAUAAUGAUCCGGCAUGGAUCAUCAGCACAUAAAAAGUAACAUGCUGUUACAAUGGUGAUGUGCCACUCAACAGAUUCUGCACCUGCAUAAUGCUUGUUUCAUCUGUACAUCAGCCCUUAAAAAUAGGUUCAAAGUAAAUAUCUUUUCCAGUCUAGGAUUUUGAAGUGCCAUAAUUAGAUCUGACCAGACUAGCGGUGGGUGACUAUUUUUUUUCUUUUUUUGGCUUAAAGGUGAUUUGGAAACAAAGGAUGCUAAGGUCAGUGCAAAGGAUUGCUCAAUAAACAUCGGCACCUUACAUGUCAAAUUCAAAGGAGGAGCAAGGUAAUGACCAAUAAUUUGUUUCUCAUUGGAUUUUCAACAAAACAAAAUUAAACUAAAUAAUGUACAGUUAAAUAACCUACAGUUCUUGUUUUUAAGAUCCUGAUGUGAGGGAAAUUUGCCAAUUUUAGCUAUCUGCCCUCAAAAUAAUAAUCUUAAUAUCCAACUGCCCUCAUUGUGGUCACCCAUGGGACUGUGAGUGGGUGUCUGUAGUUGUUAGAGCCCUUAGUGGGACUUAAUUUCUUUCAAACGUUAAUAGCGAGGCAUCCUCAAGACAAGUUCACAGCCACUGUACUUAUGAGCUUUUUACAGCUGGUAAGUCAUGUUGUACGAAUUAAAAUACCAUGCUGGGAAGCAAAAAAAACAAACAAAGCCAGGGUUUUCAUUUAGAAUUCUAGUAGCAGGAUGAAGAUGUAAUGUUACAAAGCGUCUCCAUGUCUGAAUAAUAAAGCGUCCUAGGCUACCAAAUAUAAGCCAGAGAAUUCAGAGCACUAAACAGAGAAUUCUCCAAUCUUCAAUGCCUAAUGAGCACUCUGAACAAACCACUGUGAUGACACAAAGAAAACUAGCAUUUUAAAUGAUGUGAGCUCUUUGUUUGUCUUAUGGCAGUGUGUCCCUUGCAUUCCGGCAUGAUGUUUCUGACCAGCUGCAAAGCAUGCCUAUUGGUCUAUAAUUCUACAAUGAGGACUCAUAGAUUUAGACUUAAUUCUAGUCUUAAUUGAUUUCAACUUGUUCCAGAAACAAACAAAAAAAAGGUCUAUAUACAAUUACCCACAAAAGAGUGCCAUGUAAUUAAUUUUAAUAUAAACAGAGAGGUUAAAAAAAAGAUUGAUUUUCUCUGCAGCUGGCUUUAUAACAUGUUUGCUGACGGACUGGCAUCACACCUGAAAGAUCAGCUGACCAAACAGGUUAAAAAUUCUAUCAAUUAUAUUAUUUUGUAAUAUUUUUGCUAUGCAGUUUUCUUGUGAAAGCUUAAAAAAUAAUUUAUACAAACCAAUAUAAACUCUGUUCUCUGUUCUAUUUCUCACAAGUCAACAGAUGUAGACAUGAAUCAGACACUUGCACAAAUUUAGUAAAGAAGCUUUGGUUUAAAUUUCUUAAUUAAUUUUUACUAUUUUUCUGAUAAAGAUAUGUGAUGCAGCUAUCAACAUGAUUGACUCCAAAGCUACCAAGACGCUGAAUACAUUUCCAAUGAUUAUGAGGAAAUUUGCCACAGCAUAUAUGCAUUAAUCACACAAAAAAACCAAGCAACGAUACAAGGACUAACUGACAGCCUUUUUGUUCAUCUCCUCUCAUCAAGGGCAGCAGGAAUAUUAUGCAAUGUACUUUCCAAAUCACAAAGCAAUGCAAUAAUAAUGUAAAGUUAACAUAAAAUGUUUUUCACCCCAGACUUCAUAAGCUCUAUGUCUGCUUUAAACUGCUUUCUACUAAGCAUAAAAUAAGCUAAGAAAUAUCAACAAAACAUACAAAUAAUAUUACUGAUAGGAAAUGAAGAAAGUUAAAAAAUACAGAUAUAAUAUGUAAAUGUUACAAACAAUAACUCACUGUUUGUAAGACAUGAAUAAUUUAUUUUUUACUCCAGUAAGAAGGUUAGGAAUUGAAGACACCUUAUAUUAAGAAUUAUAACAAAUCAAAUGACAUAAACUCUUGCUGUGACCCUACCAUGCAGUUAGGACCACUUACAUGAUGGCUUUAAAUAAUCUAUUAACACUUAUAAAUUUGGGGACCUUUGUUAUUGGUUAUUUCUGUAGUGGCUUCGCUUCCAUUAUUUGCACCC